AUGAGAGACCCUCCAUCACUAGCAGGUGCUAAGAAUGGAGGUGAGCCUGAUGAUGCUGAACUGGUAAGGCUCAGUAAGAGGCUGGUGGAGAAUGAGGUGCUCAAGGCUGUCCAGCAGUAUCUGGAAGAAACACAGAACAAAAACAAGCCAGGGGAUGGGAGCUCUGUGAAAACUGAAGAGGCUGAUAAGAAUGGCACUGACAGUGGCAACAACAGGAAAUGA